UAAAAAUCCCCCUCCAACAAGCAGGGUAUAAAAGGUGAGAAGAUAUUUUCAAGAUGCAUACUGCCUUGUCAGCAACUCACUCAUUCACACUCCCGUUUCGUAAACCCUGGCCGCUCCAUUUUUGUUCUUCAUAAACCCUAAAUUCCUCGUCCGAGACGGUCAACUCUCUAAAUGGCUUUCUGUAACAAAAUUGGCAGCCUAUUGAGGCAUGGAGUCUCUCAGAGUGCACAAACACCUGCAACUUUGUUCAAUUCAAUCCGCUGCAUGUCAUCAUCCAAGCUUUUCGUUGGAGGCCUUUCUUAUGGGACAGAUGAUCAAUCUCUUCGGGAUGCUUUCUCUGGCUUUGGUGAUGUUGUUGAGGCGAGGGUUAUUAUUGAUAGGAAUACUGGGAGGUCUAGGGGAUUCGGUUUUGUCAACUUCUCCAGCGAUGACUGUGCUAGCUCGGCACUAUCUGCAAUGGAUGGCCAGGAUUUACAAGGGCGUCAUAUUCGUGUGAGUUAUGCUACUGAGCGGUCCGAAUCUAGUGGUAGAUCCUUUGGUGGCGGUGGUGGCGGAGAUUAUCGUGGUGGUGAUGGUGGUUUUGGUAGAGGCCGGGGUGGGGAUUUUGACUUUUAAUUACGCAUUCCCUUGCUGUCCAUUUAGGCUUCUUGCUUCAUUAGUUGUUUAGGAUUAAGUUGCAUGAUUUGUCUCUUUUUAAUUUGCUCUUUGUACUACAUUUUUCAGUGAUUGUACUAAUAUAUGAAGCAAUUUGUUA